AUGGCAUUCGCGUGGAAAGCCGCCGGCCUCACAUACAACCGCUACCUCGCCGUCUCCGCGCGCGUCGUGCGUCGCAGCUUGAAGGAGGACAAGAGAGUGCAGGCGGAGAGGAGGGGGGAGAUGGAGUUGAGGUUUGCGCGGUGGGAGAAUGGCAAGCAGGGCGAGCAGAAGAGUUUGGAGACGGCGAACCAGAAGGCUAUGAGUGAGGGUGCUGGGCAGAGCCAGUAG